AUGGCGUUAAUCCUGUUUACGAGGUCCAGGGCACCUUUAAUGACAACUUCCAGGUCGUUAAACAAGGAUUUUAGGAAAGCUAAAGGGAAAAUAGAAGAUGCUUCCUGCUUCAACUGCACGGCGUUAAGGCUCUCCAUUCAGAGACAGGACAGGUUCCCAUUAGUGGACGCGGCCCGGCUCUCCCACUCGGGCCCGUUGCUCCGGUGGCCCGAAGGCGCCCGCCCCAUCUCCUGCUGGCGGCGCCUCCCGGGCUCAUCCCCCCCGCCGUUCCCGGCCGGACUGCGGGGGCGAGAAGUCGCAGAUGUCCGGCGUCUCCACAUCUCUUCGGCCCUGCUUGACGACUCUAAGGUGGAAAAAUCCCUGCGCUCGCUGAAGGACAAGAAGAAGCUGGAGGAAGGCGGUCCGGUGUACAGCCCCACAGCCGACGUCGAACCCGUCAGACGGACGCUGCGGCAGCGGGUGCUGGAUGAGGUCAAGCAUUACUACCACGGCUUCAGGCUGCUCUUCGUGGACACCGGAAUCGCCGGGAGAAUGCUGUGGAGGGUGCUUAAUGGACACGCCUUGUCCCGCCGGGAGAGGAGGCAGUUCCUGCGCACGUGUGCGGACGUAUUCCGACUGCUCCCCUUCCUUGUGUUCAUCAUUGUCCCCUUCAUGGAGUUCCUACUGCCCGUGGCGCUCAAGCUAUUCCCCAACAUGCUGCCGUCCACCUUCGAGACGCAGUCCAAAAAGGAGGAGAGGCUGAAAAAAGAACUGCGCGUCAAGCUGGAAAUGGCUAAGUUCUUGCAGGACACUAUCGAGGAGAUCGCGCUUCGCAACAAGGCGGCGCAGGGCGACGUCACCGAGGAGUUCUCCACCUUUUUCCAGAAGAUCCGGGACUCCGGCGAGCGUCCCAGUAACGAGGAGAUUUUGCGCUUUUCCAAACUAUUCGAGGACGAGUUGACACUAGACAACCUGACGCGGCCCCAGCUGGUUGCGCUGUGCCGCCUGCUGGAGCUGCAGUCCAUCGGUACCAACAAUUUCCUGCGCUUCCAGCUCAUCAUGAAGCUCAGGAACAUCCGCGCUGAUGACAAGUUGAUCGCCGAGGAGGGCGUGGAGAGCCUGAACGUGAACGAGGUACAGGCCGCCUGCCGGGUCCGAGGGAUGAGAUCGCUGGGCGUCACCGAGGAGCGGCUUCGAGAGCAGCUGAGCCAGUGGCUGGAGCUUCACCUGAAGCAGCAGAUCCCCACGUCCCUGCUGCUGCUGUCCAGGGCCAUGUACCUCCCUGACACGCUGUCUCCUGCGGACCAGCUCAAGAGCACCCUGCAGACACUCCCCGAGAUGGCGACCAAGGAGGCCCAGAUGAUGGUGGCCGAGAUGGAGCUGUCCAAAGUGGACAACAAGACCAAAGUGGAGACCACGCUGCAGGAGGAGGCGGCCAUACGCCAGGACAACGAGGACAGGGAGAUGGAGAGGCUGGCCGAUGCCGCCGAGAAGGCCGCCAGGGACAACGGGUUACCGGAAGCCGAGCGAAGCUGGCAGAAGGCGUCUUCUGCUGACGCCCUGAGGGACCCGGCGCCCAUACUGGAAGGGGUUAAAGGCGAGGAGAUUACCAAAGAGGAGAUCGACCUGAUCAGCGACGCCUGCUCUAAGUUGAAGGAGCAAAAGAAGCUGCUGACUCUGGAGAAAGAAGAGCUGGAAGACCUCAAGGAUGACGUACAGGAGUACAACGAGGACCUGAAUGAGAUCAAGAAGGAGCUGUCCAAGACGGGCCAGGAGAAGGCGGUGUGCGAGUCCAAGGCCAGCCAGCGUCUGUCCAAGAGGGUGAACCGCAUGAUCGGACGCAUAGACAAGAUCAUCGGCGAGCUGGAGAAGGACAAAGUCCUCCUGGACGGACAGAUGGACAGCGGAACCACGCCCCCCGUCGGUCUCUUCUACACCUUCAGGGAGAACCUGAUCAGCAUCGACGAGCUCAUCGGCGUCAUGCGGCAGAUCCAGAACAUUCCCGAGCAUAAGCUCCAGAGCAUCGCCGAGGCGCUCGACGACAACCGGGACGGGAAGAUCGACAUCGACGACGUCAUCAAGGUGGUGGAGCUGAUCGACAAGGAGGACAUCGACAUCACCACCACGCAGGUGGCCGACAUUAUGGUGAUGCUGCAGAAGGAGGAAAAGCUGAUGGAGAAGGAGAAGGCCAAGGAGAAGGCGGAGAAGGAGCAAGCGGCCAAGCUCAACGGCUAA